AUGGCAUUUCUGUGGGCAGUUGCCUGCCUGGCCCUCGCCAGCGCCGUCUCAGGCUGUGGGGUGCCCAUUAUCAGCCCCUCAUUGCAGUACAACGAGAGGAUCAUCAACGGGCAGAAUGCGGUGUCUGGCUCCUGGCCCUGGCAGGUGUCCCUGCAGACCCGUACAGGAUCCCACUUCUGUGGCGGCUCCCUGAUCAACGAGAAAUGGGUGGUCACGGCUGCCCACUGCGAAUUCAACCCCUACUCCCACGUUGUUGUCCUCGGGGAAUAUGACCGCAGCUCCGGGUCGGAGGCCGUGCAGGUGAAGACCGUGGCGAAGGCCGUCACGCACCCCAACUGGGACGCCUACAACCUCAACAACGACAUCACCCUGCUGAAGCUCUCCUCGCCUGCCCAGCUGGGGUCCCGCGUGGCCCCCGUCUGCCUGGCCCCAGCCAACCUGGCUCUGCCCAGCAACCUGCAGUGUGUCACCACCGGCUGGGGACGCACCAACACAAACUCCAACGCCUUGGCGGUGCGCCUGCAGCAGGUAACCCUGCCCCUGGUCUCCCAGAGCCAGUGCAUGCAGUACUGGGGCAGCAGCAUCACCAGCUCCAUGCUGUGCGCCGGGGGGGUCGGCGCCUCCUCCUGCCAGGGUGACUCCGGGGGCCCGCUUGUAUACCAGAACGGGAACGUCUGGACCUUGAUCGGCAUCGUCUCCUGGGGAAACAGCAACUGCAACAUCCACACGCCUGCUGUCUACACCCGCGUAAGCCAGUUCCGAAACUGGAUCGACUCCAUCGUCGCUCAGGGGUAG